GCGCGUCAGUUACCGACGAGGCAUCGUCGCGCGAGCAUCGUUGUCGAGUGGGAAUCGCGUAGCGCGACCUUGGGCUUUCGCGAAAAUCAGCAGCAGUAAAGCACAAAGUUUGGAUCGAGGGAUCGACGCGAUCCGUCAGCCUUGACAGCUCUCGAUCCUACGUCCCGAGGGGAACGGGCGCGGACGCGUGUCAGUGCGGAGUUACGUGGUGGCGUCGCGUCGCGUCGGUUCGUUCAGUGAUUUGUUUUGACAUGUGUGUGUUCUGCCAUAUUGGAUUAUCUCAUCGUGCCUCGAGGGCUGCGGGAGCACGAGUUUCGCAUUGAAAAGAGGAAAGCUUUCGAGGCCGCGAUGGAUCCUACGAGCAGAGCCUUGUGGAUCAGUUAAGGCCAGGGCCGGUCGAUGCCUGAUGGCGUGGUUUGGAACGCAACGCUGGAGAAAUCCUGCUCCAGAAGGUGACGAUGUGCAACGAUCGAUCGAGCUGCUGGACAAAGUGCUCUCCGAGUACGACGAGCACGAGCCAGAGGGUGAAGACGCCGGAGGUGGAGACGGUGUCGACCAAGUCGUCGGCGUCGGCGGAGGAGGCGGUGGUGGCGGAGGAAGCGGAGGAAGCGACGGAGGAGGCAGGGACGGAGACGGUGGAGGAGUCAGGGGAGUCGGAGACGUCGGGGAUUGUGGAAGCAGCACCGAGCCGAGCAUUGGUCUCACACCCGACGACGAGAGUCCGUCCUUAGGACACCAAUCCGAGGACGACGGUUACAUGAGCAUGAAUGGCCGGAAAGCGAAAAUGGCCCUGGUAGCGCUGCGUCCGGUUCCCGAUUGUCCAGAGCCGCAGGAUCCCACGCAAGGCUUGCCCGCGCAAGAGUUCCCUCCGCCGCCGGAGGAGGCCGAGAGGAUCAUUUCUACCUUGUUACCGAUGGUGUCCCCGGGAAACUCCUCGAAGAGAAGCGCCCGUUCCGCCGAUCGUCGCGCCGGAAUGCAGCAGUGGAUGAUCGCCAUGGAGGACGGCGUUCGAGACGCCAACGGAAGCGCGGUCACCACGCAAACCACGCUACCUAAAACGCGCCACCAGAGACCGUACGGCUGGAAGAACGGCGCGUCGGAGCCUUUCAAGCUGACGAGCUUCGGCCAGAGCCCUCCGCCGAGCAAGUUCGCCAGCCUGCCGUUCGACGGGAAGCUGUCCUUCGGUUGGAUCCCGCCGAGGACGAAUCCGAUGGUGGCCGAGAGACACCGAGAGGUGCGUCGUCGUUCCUCGGAGGAGGAGGAAGAGGAGGAGGAGGAGGAGGAGGAGGAAGAAGAGGAGGAAGAGGACGAAGAGGAGGACGAGGAGGACGAGGAGGUCGAAGAGGACGAAGAGGAGGAGGAGGAGGAGGAGCGGUUCAAGAGACCGGAGAGAGAGGCUCGGAACCAUCGGCAGAGCUUCGACGGGGAGAAAGAUCGGCCUUCGCUGCUGCGGAAGCAGCGCCAGCACGAGAUGAUGAAGUCGAGCAGCGUGGAGGAUCGGCUGCUGAUGAACCACGACCGCAGAGUCGAUCAGCACCGCGACAGGAGGAGAACCGACUCGGACUCCAGCGAGGGCCGCUUCUCCAGACACUCGGAGUCCGAGCGGUCCUCGAUCCCACGGUCCAGCUCCGUCAGCGUCGAGAGGUUCUCGAUGCGGGCGAUCUGCGACUCGUCCGACUUCUCGAGAGCGAACUCGACCUCGAACUCCAACGAGAGGUUCCACUCGGACUUCUCGAUAGCCGUGGCCAGCGCCGGCUCCAACGACCGCGUCUCCGUGCCGACCUCCGACCCCUUCUCCAUCCGCAACCUUGACUUCGUCUCGUUCUCCCUGCCCAACCGAGCCGACUCCAGCGAACGUUUCUCCGCGCCGACCUCGGACAGGUGCUCCGAGGAGCGCUACUCGGACAUGUUCUCCACCAGGAACUCGGACUUCUCCACCAGGAACUCCACGGACUUUCGGACCCAGUCCGAGGAGGAACGGUUCUCGGACGACUCGCUGGAGGAGCUUCUGCCUCCUCCGCCUCCCCCGCCGCCUCUGCCCAUCGGCAAGAGGCACUCCAUCGCUUGGGAGGUCUCCCUGGAGGACGACCCGUUGUACGCGCCUGGCAGCACCAAGGUCAUCGGCAGGAGACGGCGCAAGAGCAGCGACAUGUCCAGCGCCGGAUCGGUCUCGAAGCUGCGCGACUUCGACGACUGGCAGGACCAGCGGCUGUCGACGACGGACGACGACCUGAUCUCGCCGUACUCGGACUCGUCGACGAACGAGCUGGACCAGAUUCGACCUCGUGACCUGACCAAGAACGGCACCUACGUGAUCCGCCGUGGCCGGAAAAGGGAGCGGAAGGGACUGCCGAGGGCUCCGACCAAAACCAGGAGCCUGUCCUUCGAGAACGGAGAGGAGACCCGGCUGUCGGACGCGAAACGGUACUCCAGCACCUUCGACAACAUCAGAAGCCUGCUGAGAGAAGGCAAGACGGAGUCUCAGCCUCAGAACGGACCCGCCUCCGAGUUUCCGUCGGCGGUGCCUCCGGAUCUGGUGAGAGUGGUGUCGCUUCCGGCGAUCAACGACGAGAUCGGAGCUCGGGGCCAGCUGGAGGUUACCGUGGAGGAAGAGGAAACGUCGGACGUCUCCGACAAAGACAAGACUCGAGACAGAGCGCAGCUCGCCGGCCGGCUGUCGCCCUCGGUCGAGAUUCACCGACGGUCCAAGACCGAGGACGAACCCACCAGAGUCUCUAUCUCGACGUCGAGAAGCUGCUCGAACAACAGCUGGGGCCGCAACAAUGUCUCCAAGGUCGAGGAGACCUCGCACGCGAGGAAAUCGCCGAACAUCGGCCGCGCGGAACACCGGCCCGCCUCUAAGAUCCCGGUGAACCUGCUGAUCGAGGAGCAGAUCGUGAAGAAAGCUCUGAAGGAGAACCGGCGACAGCUGGAGAAGGUCAGUGAUGCCAUCAAGGAGAUCGAGAGCGUGAAGAACAGCGAGUCCUACUCGGAGAACAAGCGAUGGAAGACUGUGGGCGACUGCAGGUCCUCCUCGUCCACCUCCUCGGCUAACAUCAAGAGAAACAGUUUGGAGAUCGAGCCUGGUGACCGAAAGGCUCUGGAAGGUCUGCCGGAAGCUCGACCGAGGAGAAGACACGACUCCGACAUCGAUCCGGAGAUCUUGAAGAGCGAGAUCGAGUUCGAGGCCAGCAGAAGCAAUGGGACCGACGUGGUGUACGGGUCCGAGAGGAGAUCCAGGCAGAACGGGGUUGUCGAGAGCCAUAAGAACGACCAGAAGCAGAUCGAGAACGUGAUCGACGCCAUACUGGAGGACUCGAAGAAUCCUGAGUUCCAGGUGAGCGUGGAGGUUCUCGAGUUUCCUCCACUGCCGCCUUCUCCCGUGGAGGAGGCCGACGAGGAGAACUCCGACGUGGGUCAGAGCGCGGUGACCCCGAGGCCGAAGGCUCACAGCAGCAACAGGACGAUGGAGUACAGACCCAGGGUGCCCCCUCAUCGGGGACCAACAGCCUGCCUCUCCUCCGAGUCCAAGGAUCAUCAGGCGUCCUUGAACACCAGAUCCAUGGACGCUGGAUACUCCAGAGGCAGAAGAACGCCUGCUACCACCGCCACCUCUAGACGCGAGCAGCAGAUACCUGCGGAGCGACGAACCCUUCCAACGGACCUACCAGGGCCCUCUCGACGACGACCGCUGACGAAGCGGCACUCUCCGUCGACCGAUCCUUGCUCCAGCUCCUCCGGAAGCGGCAGCAACGGCAAUGGGAACGGAAUCGUCGGCGGUCCGGCUAAUGGGAUCGGCAGCUCCAUCGGAACCACCGGCCCCAUCGCCGGCAACGUCUCAGCAGGGUCUGGAAUGCAGACCUCCUGCUCUCUGCCAGAGACUCCGGUGUUCGCCAGGGGCAGCGACGUGCCAAGGACACCUCAGCACGCCGGAAACCCGACGCAGACGCGUCGUCAACCUGGCUGGUACGCUCCGACCACCGCCACCACCGGGUACCGAAGGAACAACCCGGGUCUAGAACAGGCGAUCAUCGGGACCGAACUGCUGCGACUUGCCGGCGGACCGAAUCGCGGAUGGUACCCGACGAGGAAGGCGAACCAGCCGCGGCCAGCCUCCAUCGAGCACCUGGAGAGGCUGAACAACGCGUUCGACGCUAGGCUGACCGGCCCCGGGGACCAACGGAAACCGCUCACUCUGCCGACCAACAUCACACCGAACAAAUACUUCGGCCAAAGUAAGCACAGCUCCGCCUCCAGCACUCGCGAGGCGCUACGGAGGGUCACUAGCUUGCUCAUCAAGAAAGGGAACGGAAGCAAGGACGGCAAAGGUGGCAAGGACGCGGCGGCGCCGUGCGGAGGGCCCUACGCCGCGGCCGAGUGCGGGGACGCGCCGAAGAAGAAAGGAUUCUUCAAGGGUUUCUGGAAGAGGUCGCGGCACUACUCGCUGGAAAACCAAUAGCCCAGGUGCGGCAACAGGGUGACGGGCCAGCAACGGCACCGGCACGCGUCCAGACAGCAGCAAUCCUCUUCGUACCGGCAGCAACGGGUCGCGACCAGCACUCUGGCGAACGGGCCUUGCUGCUGCGUCGUCCAAUAGCCACGAUAUCUCGGUCGAAGGCUCGAAUAACAACAGCGAUCUCGAUCGAAACGUCGUCUAUGGGGCCCCUCCACGACUAAAUCAACUCCACCUUUUGUUUCACUCGACUCGGACUCGGACACGACUGGACUCUGGACUCGACCCGAUCAAAAUAUGGCGACAGCGACGAUCUUCCGACCCGCGACUUCGAGACCCGGACACAUUGACCAUCGAGAGACAAGCCUCCAAACACCCAUGACCCUCGGGUCGAUCUUUCUGCACGCGAUCUACAAGUUUCCUCUACCUUGAUUCGUUUCCGUUUGCGUGUUCCGCCAUUUCGGGAGAAGAGACACGCGCGCGCACGGUAUCGUUCGCGGGAAGGUUUUCGCAUUUUAUACGAAGCACGGUGGAGCCUCGGUUGUUCGGAUAAUAGAGCAGUUUCAAUUUGUUACGCCGCCCCAUCGAUUCGCGCGAGAGACCGCGUUGUCCCUUGCGAAUCGCCUAGAUCGAACUUGAAAACGAGCGAACAAAUUUUUUUUUCGAGCGAAACUUAUGCGCGCUUGUAGAUCGAAGUCUCGGCUUUCCAACGGCACCAAGAAUUUUAGUCUACGAUUUUUUCCCGCGAUUCUAUGACGCUUUGAACGAGAAGGCUGCCGCCAUCUCGGAAACAUCGCGCGGCGAUUGAAAAGAGGCGAUACUCGAAGUCGUCUAACUCGCUGGAAAAAAAUCGUACGACGGUGCAGCUUGGCUCGUUUUAAAGGCUAAAGUCUCUACUUCGAGAGCCUGUUAGUUACCUCGCUGUAAAAAAUUCGUGCAUCCAGACACGAGUGAAAAACCGGAAGCUGCCGCUUUGGAAAAAGCGUCGAA